ACGAAUCGUUGCUUGAAGGGGGAAGAAUAGGGGUGUGGGCCAAUGAGGCGAGGCGGGACCAGCUCCACCUCCGGAAACAGCAGGCCAAUCGGCGCGGAGCGGCGGGUGGGCCGGGGAGGCUGCUGGGGAGGAGCGGGCGGAGCGGGAUGGCAGGCGCCGCUCGGGAAGUGCUCACGUUGCAGCUCGGCCACUUCGCCGGCUUCGUGGGUGCACACUGGUGGAACCAACAGGAUGCCGCAUUGGGCCGCCUGGCCGGAGCCAAGGAGGUGCCCGGAAUCAAGGAGCUGCUUCCAGGAGAGCUGUGCCCCGAUGUCUUGUAUCGGGCAGGCCAGACCCUGCACGGCCAGGAGACCUACACUCCCCGCCUCAUCGUCAUGGACCUGAAGGGCAGCCUGAACUCCCUGAAACAAGAAGGCGGACUAUACCAAGACAAACAUCUGGAUGCUGCCAUCGCUUGGCAAGGUAAACUCACAACCCAUAAAGAGGAGCUACAAGCCAACAACCCCUUUCUGCAAAACCUCCUGAGUGCAGAGGGAGUGAUGAGUAGUGAUGGCGUCUGGAGGGUCCAAGCAUUUCCCAAUGGUAAAGGUCUUCUACCACUUGCCAAAGCCUUUUCCCCCACCUCUAAAUCACUAAUUCCUCCUGAGGGGAGCAUCAAAGUCUGGUCUGACUUCCUUCAUGUGCAGUUACAUCCCAGAAGUAUCUGUAUUAUCCAGAAGUACAACCAUGAUGGGGAGGCAGGCCGCCUAGAGGGCUUUGGCCAAGGUGAAAGCCUCUUAAGGGAGCCUACCUAUCUGGAAGAGCUCGAAGACAGACUGCACUUCUAUGUGGAAGAAUGUGACUAUUUGCAGGGUUUCCAAGUCCUGUGUGAUCUGCAUGAUGGCUUCUCUGGCCUAGGAGCUAAAGCUACAGAAUUGCUUCAGGAUGAAUAUGCUGGACGGGGAAUCCUGACUUGGGGUCUGCUUCCUGGCCCCUAUACUCUAGGGGAGCCUCAGAAAAACUUCUAUCGACUCUUCAAUACAGCCCUAGGCCUUGUGAACAUCGCGUCUCACAGCUCACUUAUCUGUCCAUUGUCCCUUGGGGGUGGCCUAGGACUUCGGCCUGAGCCCCCAGUUACCUUCCCACAUUUACGCUAUGAUGUCACACUGCCCUACCACAGCAGUGCUCUCCUGGCUACAGCCCUAGAUACGAUCACUGUCCCCUACCGACUACAUUCCUCCCCAAUAUCCAUGGUGCAUCUGGCUGAUAUGCUGAGCUUUUCUGGGAGAAAGGUAGUUACAGCUGGGGCCUCCAUCCCCUUUCCAGUGGCUCCUGGCCAUUCCCUUCCAGAUACCUUAGCUCAAUUUGGAGGAACCACACCCUGGACUCCACUUUCUGCAUGUGGAGAGCAAAGUGGCACUCGAUGCUUUGCACAGUCUGUGGUGCUUCGGGGUGUGGACAAAACACGGCAGACCAGUCAGCUCUCCCCAGGUACAUCACCAAGUUCCCCACUCCAUGCCUGUACUAGUGGAGAGGAGGUGCUGGCCCAGUAUUUACAGCAGUUGCAGCCUGGGGUCCUGAGCUCCUCCCAGUUGCUGCUGAGUCCAUGUAGGGUAGUACCGCCAUACCCACGAUUCUUCUCCUCAAGGCUCAACCAACAGGGUUUGAUUCUGGAUGGCACCCACAAUGGGACAGGAAAUGAGGUCUCUCUUACUUCUGAUUGCACUGUCCCUUCCACAGCAGUGGAGACUAUUCCUGUGCUCACUACCCUGUGCUCUACCUCACUGCUGCAUCGGGUCUUGAGCCGCUUGGCUGGGGAACUGGCCAACCUUGACUUGAGACGCUGGGCCAGUUUUCUGGCAGCAGGUGUGGAACAAGAUGACAUGGAAGAAACUAUACAGGAGCUGCACAACCUGGCUCAGUGUUACAAAGAUGGAGAUAGCCUCAUAAGCUGAGCCCCUUUCAUGGACUGCGCAGCCCAGAGAGGGAAAAAAAUAAAAUAGUUUUCAAUAAACAUGA